UCCAGAGCAGCACUGAAUCCCCAGUCAUGGCUACUCCAAGCACUGAUUGCGGGUACCUCAUUGUCUGCCCGGAAAGGGCGGAUUAUGGGACCUGCUCAAGUAGGGCGACGGUGAAACCGGACCACCGCUGGGUCAUUGUCGUCUCCUUCAUAGCGCUGAAAAUCAUUCAUCUCAUUAGCAAGCCAAUGCAAUACACCGGUUACGCCGUCACUUUCAUUCUCAAUCUCAUUUCCCAGAACGGCGGUUUCUUCGGCCUCCUCCGCAAUCUUCUGGCCGGAAACUUAGUUGUUCCACAGAGAGGCAUCGAGGCUUACAUUAGCAUAGUUGGACAAAUAGAUGGUAGAGUGGAUCUUUACCAUGGGAAAAAGCUAGUGAAAAAGCUCUAUUCCUCUGCUUCAGGGGAGAUAAGUAACAACAGAGAACUCAUGGACCUAUGCAUGAUGGCCUCAAAAUUAUCAUAUGAGAAUGCUGAAGUUGUUAGGAAUGUUGUGGUUCAUCACUGGAAGAUGCAUUUUGUGGCUUUGUACAAUUGCUGGGAUGAUUUCCAAAAAGAGGAAUCUACUCAGGUGUUCAUAUUGUGUGACAAGCCUAAGGAUGCAAGUUUGAUAUUGAUCAGCUUCAGGGGCACAGAGCCAUUUAAUGCUGAUGAUUGGAGUACUGAUUUUGACUACUCAUGGUACGAAAUACCGGGGCUGGGGAGGAUUCAUAUGGGGUUUCUUGAGGCAUUAGGAUUGGGAACCAGAAAUGAUACCUCAACAUUCCAGGAUCACCUGCAAGUGAAAAGCAAGAUCAUCCCUCCGGAAAUGGUGAAGAGGACUGCAUACUAUAGGGUGAGGAGAAAGCUAAAGAGCUUGCUUGGGGAGCACAAGGAUGCAAAAUUUAUUGUCACCGGACAUAGCCUAGGAGGAGCUCUAGCUAUUUUGUUUCCAACAGUUCUGGUGCUACAUGAGGAGAUGGGUCUAAUGCAAAGGCUAUUGGGUGUAUAUACAUUUGGACAGCCUCGGAUUGGGGACAAGCAGCUUGGGGAAUACAUGCAAGCUCACUUAGAUAAUCCUGUCCGGAGAUACUUCAGAGUUGUCUACUGCAAUGAUCUGGUUCCCCGGUUGCCCUACGAUGAUAAAACAUUCUCGUACAAGCAUUUUGGGGUGUGCCUUUAUUAUGACAGCUGCUAUAACGAGCACAUAAUGCAUGAGGAGCCAAACAAGAACUAUGCGAUAACAGACGCGAUCCCAAUACAUCUUAACGCGGUAUGGGAGUUAAUCAGAGGCCUAAUCAUGAGGUACACAUGCGGGCCAGAGUACAAGGAGGGAUGGUUAGCCAUAGGUGUGAGGAUAAUAGGACUGGUACUACCGGGAAUUGCUGCGCAUUGCCCUGUAGAUUAUAUCAACUCUAUCAGACUUGGGAAAAGCUCUGCUAUUCCCAAGUCUUCCUUCUAGGAAUAAUCUUGGCUAGCUAUUUGCUUCUGCUAAUGAAUAAAUUUCUGCGUUCUUU